CCGCCGCGGCCGCGCCGCCCGCAGCCGCAGCCGCUGCUCCUCCCCGGCGGCCGCCCCCCGCGGGUCCCUCCCUGGCUGCGGGAGACGCGGAGGUAGAGGGAGGACGCCGCCGCGCCGCCCGUCCGCCCGCCCGCCCGCCCGCCCGCCCGCGAACCCUUCGCCUCGCCCUGCCGCUCCUCGCUCUGGGGGAGGAACAUGGAUAAUCUCAGUGACACCUUAAAGAAACUGAAGAUCACAGCUGCUGACAGGACAGAGGACUGCUUAGAAGGAUGCUUGGAUUGUCUGCUUCAAGCCUUGGCUCAAAAUAACACAGAAACAAGUGAAAAAAUACAAGGAAGUGGAAUACUCGAGUUAUUUGCAAAUCUGUUGACGCCACAGUCUUCCUGCACAGCCAAAGUAGCCAACAUCAUAGCAGAAGUAGCCAAAAACGAAUUUAUGCGAAUCCCAUGUGUAGAUGCCGGCUUGAUUUCACCACUGGUGCAGCUGUUAAAUAGCAAAGACCAGGAAGUGCUGCUUCAGACGGGCAGGGCGCUAGGAAACGUAUGCUACGACAGCCAUGAGGGCAGAAGUGCAGUUGACCAAGCAGGUGGUGCACAGAUUGUAAUUGACCAUUUAAGGUCCCUGUGCAGUAUAACAGAUCCCGCCAAUGAGAAGCUCUUGACUGUCUUUUGUGGCAUGCUGAUGAACUAUAGCAAUGAGAAUGAUUCCCUUCAAGCUCAGCUAAUCAAUAUGGGUGUUAUCCCAACCUUAGUGAAAUUACUGGGCAUCCACUGCCACAAUGCUGCUCUUACAGAAAUGUGUCUUGUUGCAUUCGGGAAUUUAGCAGAACUUGAGUCAAGUAAAGAGCAGUUUGCUAGUACAAACAUUGCUGAAGAGCUGGUAAAACUUUUCAAGAAACAAAUAGAACAUGAUAAAAGAGAAAUGAUUUUUGAAGUUCUAGCUCCCCUGGCAGAAAACGAUGCUAUUAAGCUGCAGCUGGUUGAAGCAGGGUUGGUAGAGUGUCUGCUAGAGAUUGUUCAGCAGAAGGUGGAUAGUGACAAAGAGGACGACAUUGCUGAGCUUAAAACCGCAUCCGAUCUGAUGGUUUUGUUACUGCUUGGAGAUGAAUCCAUGCAGAAACUUUUUGAAGGAGGGAAGGGCAGUGUGUUCCAGAGGGUCCUUUCCUGGAUCCCGUCGAAUAACCACCAGCUGCAGCUUGCUGGGGCAUUAGCAAUCGCAAAUUUUGCCAGGAAUGAUGGGAACUGUAUUCAUAUGGUAGACAACGGAAUUGUAGAAAAGCUCAUGGACUUGCUGGACAGACAUGUAGAAGAUGGGAACGUGACUGUGCAGCACGCAGCACUAAGUGCCCUCAGGAAUCUAGCCAUUCCAGUUGUAAAUAAAGCAAAGAUGUUAUCAGCCGGGGUCACAGAGACAGUUUUGAAAUUCCUUAAAUCUGAAAUGCCCCCGGUCCAGUUCAAACUCCUGGGGACGCUAAGAAUGUUGAUAGAUGCACAAGCAGAAGCUGCUGAACAACUGGGAAAGAAUGCUAAAUUGGUGGAGCGUUUGGUUGAGUGGUGUGAAGCCAAAGAUCAUGCUGGUGUGAUGGGAGAGUCAAACCGACUGCUCUCGGCCCUCAUACGACAUAGUAAAUCAAAAGAUGUAAUUAAAACCAUUGUACAGAGUGGUGGCAUCAAGCAUCUAGUUACCAUGGCAACUAGUGAACAUGUAAUAAUGCAGAAUGAAGCUCUUGUUGCUUUGGCACUAAUAGCAGCUUUGGAAUUGGGUCCUGCUGAGAAAGAUCUUGAAAGUGCUAAGCUUGUACAGAUUCUCCACCGACUUCUAGCGGAUGAGAGAAGUGCUCCAGAGAUCAAAUAUAACUCCAUGGUCCUGAUCUGUGCUCUCAUGGGAUCUGAAUCCCUGUACAAGGAAGUGCAGGAUUUGGCCUUUCUAGAUGUUGUAUCCAAACUUCGAAGUCAUGAGAACAAAAGUGUCGCCCAACAGGCCUCUCUUACAGAGCAGAGACUCACAGUGGAAAGCUGAGACCGGCCCCUCCUGGCACAAGGCAUCCCCCCCCCAGCUGACCACCCCACCGUUCUCCAUCCAAGCUGCCGCUUCAGCGCCAUCCUCUACUGCAUCACCUGUGCAUGCGUGUAAUGUUCCAGUACCAACCGAAGAACUCUCUAGGUACCUACCUGCCUAAUAAGAUUUCUCCACCCAUAGUUAAUGUGAACACGACCGUCCAAACAAGUCUCCACCCGUAACUGUUACCCUGUAUCCCCGAUGCUUGAGCUACAUUAAGUAGAGUGUGCAUGUUGUAGGCCUAUGAAGAUGUAAACGUGGUACUACAUGCUGACCUGCUCUUCACAUGCAGUAAGCUACAUAUCAGUGUACUGGUAAAUUAGAAACAAAGAAUGCAGCAGGAUCUGUCCAGCUUAUUGAAAGAUGAUCCCGAACAGUCAUGGGAGCACCAUAUUUUUUGGUGCUCGGGAAGCACAGUGAUCGAAACGGCUGUAUAGCUGCUCGUUCGUUAAGUCUCCUCGGAAUGGCAGGCCCGUUGUGCCUGGAGUUGGAUAGAUUCAGUACUCACUCUUUCCCUGUGGUUUUUCCUUUUUCUGAACUGUAGAGGCGGUUUGCCAAACAACGUGGCAGGACUUCCUUAGGCUUCUCGUUCCAUCUUUAACUGAGAGUGGUACAGAGGCCCAACACUGAAACGUGGUUUUCAGUGUGAUUGGAACAAAGGGGUUAGAGAAACCCUGGCAUCCUGGACCCCUUUGGAUCUCGCCUGUGUUUUACAUGCAGUUUGUGUGUAGUUACAUCCAGAACUUCCAUCGGUUAACUAGCGUUGUCUAACACAUGUCUCUAAAACUUAAUAGCCAUUUGUUCAACUAAGGAAAGUUGAGUACAGCUUGUUUGGUGGGGAACGGACUUUCCCCCCCGUUUUUCAUCUUUCAGGCUGAAAGCAAGGGGUUUCGUCUUUCAUACUCCUUUUAAAUAUUGCGCUAAUUCUAGGUGGAUAUAAGAGGGAGCAUGAAGAUAUAAACGUGUCGAUACUAAAGGAAGGAAGGCCGGUUUGAAAAGCCAUAGUAGCCAGUCCGGUACAUUCUGCAGAUGGCCUCCUAGCGGUCAUUGUUAGAGUCCCUCACUUCCACUUUCCCACUGAGAACCACAGUAAUCUCACAGGCUGCAAGCCAGGACUCGAUGUAAGGAACCUUCUUGGCAAAAAUGUAGUGUGCUCGUCACUGCCACUAACCACCACCAAGUGAGUUUUUAGAGCUCUGACACACAAUCUUUAUAAAUUAAUCGGGACUCCCUGUGACCUGCCUUCUCUCACCCAAGUCUGACUCCUGCGGAUAAUAUAAGGGGGGGUGGGCUCCUUCACAGGACUGGAGGGCAGGCAGAGAGAGGGGCUGCUGAAGAGGGGACCAGCUCUUUUCUCCCCAACAGGAGAUACAUGUAUCUCUGCAUUAUCUAAAUCAGACUUUGGUUUUCACACUUUUCAAUUCAAGAAGGAUUUACUUAAUGUAAGUAAAAACCCGACUGACAAUUCCCUGUGAUGUUCAAAUAAGGGAACUAUUUGUGAGCGCUUGUGCUACACUUAUUGUAGGAAUGAGCUCUUUAAUUCUUUCUCCUGGG